AUGGGGGCAGGAGCUCGGCUGCAGGAAGCGCCGGAGGCCCGGCAGUCAGUCUGUCUCUGGUCCGUGGGUAUCCCGGGCGCCUUUCGCUCCGAGUCCGGAGCCGCCGGCAAGUGGGAGGAAAUUGGAGAGUACUCCCCCAGCUACAAGAGGCGCAGGACCGUGGAGGAUUUCAACAAGUUCUGUACCUUUGUCCUAGCGUAUGCUGGCUACAUUCCUUAUCCAAAAGAGGAGCUGCCUUUGCGGAGCAGCCCUAGCCCUGCCAAUAGCACAGCUGGCACCAUUGACAGUGAUGGCUGGGAUGCCACGUUCCCUGAUAGCACGUCUCCCGUGCCCCUGCCUGUUUCGGACCACUGCUUCAGCCACCUGCAACCCACCCUCUUACAGCGAGCCAAGCCUAGCAACUUCCUCCUGGAUAGAAAGAAAACGGACAAGCUGAAGAAGAAGAAGAAGAGGAAGCGGAGGGAGAGUGACGAGCCUGUCAAGGAGGGGUACAUGGGAAGCUUGCUGAAGCUGGAAACCACCGACCCCUAUGGGCCGACUCCCACAAGUCCUGCUCUGCAGGGCAUCCCCCAGGCCAGCAGCGAGCCCAGCUCAGGCUGGGACUCUGACACGCCCUCAAGUGGGUCCUGUGCUACAGUGUCACCCGAUCAGGUUAAAGAAAUAAAGACGGAAGGCAAACGGACUAUCAUCCGGCAGGGAAAGCAGGUGGUGUUCCGGGAUGAGGACAGCACCGGCAACGAUGAAGACAUCAUGGUGGAUUCGGACGACGAUUCCUGGGACCUCGUCACCUGCUUCUGCAUGAAGCCCUUUGCGGGCCGCCCCAUGAUUGAGUGUAACGAGUGCCACACCUGGAUCCACUUGUCCUGUGCAAAAAUCCGGAAGUCCAAUGUUCCUGAAGUGUUUGUCUGCCAAAAGUGCCGGGACUCCAAGUUUGACAUCCGUCGUUCCAACCGUUCCCGGAUGGGUUCCCGGAAGCUGUUUCUGGACUGACUGCUGGUGCGUGGGGAAAACUGGGCUAGAAACUGGAAGGGACCGUGGGGCUCUCUAGCCUUUUUUUAGUUGAGCACAGAACACUCUACUCUGGCGGGGGCAGUCCUUUGCCAUCCAGGUGCCUAAGCAAAGGACAGGUAGUUCAAAGUCUAAACUGUACAUAUAGCCAGGGAACAAAUAAAGUCUUGGUUGGCCAAAGCUGCUGCUAGAGUGGUGGUCUCUGCAGUGGAGGUGGACUGCACACCCAGGCUCGGGGGUUUGGGUCACUGGAACAUGAGGGUAUGUGGUCUUGUGAACGUUUGAUAGCAUUGAUAACAAAUUCCCGCCGAUUGGAACAAGUGCUCGCUGUUCUCCCUGCUCCUGCUCUGGUCGGGGCAGAGGUGUUCUGCUUCCCCAGCCUGUUAACGUGAACAGCCAUAUGUGUAAGUUUUUCUUGAUUAUGAGUCUUUUACCAUAAAUAUCUGUACAGCAACAUUCAAGGCCCUCUUCCUGGUGGCUUGCCCUCGCUAUCUGCCUCAGCCACUGCUGGCUCUCAGCCUCUGGUCUUGCCUGAGGACCCUUGGGGUGGGUGGUGAGUUAGCUAGUGAUUCCCAGGUUUCCUCCUGUUCGUUAGAGGGGGACAGUUACGUGGCCACUUCUCUGUGGAAAGGGGAGGGGUUGGUUGGGGGGUUUGAGGUGAUCUGUGUUCAUAACGCAGUUUCCUGUUUUGCACGAUGUAUAAAAACUGGCUUUUUGCACGAUACAGCCAAAAGUGUUGGCCGAGUUCCUGCUGGGUGCCCUUCCUCUCCAGUCCGUGUCUGGGGUGCUGGCAGGGACCUGGUCAAGUUGUUUUUGAGCGUGGGGAACAGUUAAGUUCUCCCUCAUCUCGUCCCCCGCUCCUCAUUCCAGUGGCAUAAAGGCAAGGCAAUCACUGGGAUUUGUGUGCCCCUCUAGAGAAGGUUGGAGGAGAGCUCCCUUCUGGGGUAGUGGUUCCUGUGCCCUUCAUACAGGCUGGGCCUGCUGGUUUUGUGGGGCAAGGUUAGGACAGGGGGCUUGUUUUUUUGUUAUUUUUUUGACCAGGAUCUUUUUGUUUUUGGCUUGCUUUGGUGAGCAAAUGAUGGGAUGCCAUUGGCCCUCCCUCCCUCCCUCAGGAAUCUUCCAUUGAAUGGCGAAGUUCUUUCAGUUGAACCAGGAUCCUGGCCUGGGGAGACCCCUGUGUGGGCAGUUGUGGGAGACCAGGGAGCUGGCUCCUGGAGCCCCACAGGAGGGCAGUGCACCCAACCCUGGUGCUUCUGGGCUUGGGCAAGAGGGCCUUCAGCUUCCUGUGCCAUCUCAGUUCAAGUACUUGUUUGCAAACUGUUUUUUGUAAAUUGAUGGGUGUGUUUUCAUAGUGUUGUUUAUUGUAAAGGCACAGAGAGGAAGAAGGUUCAUUUUAGUUGUGUUUAUCUGCAGCUGGGCAGGCCUGCAGGCUCCCUGCAGGGUGCUUCCCAUCCCCCAGGCAGGUCUACCAGGAGACUCCUCCAUACUCUCUCAAGUGCCCACGUGGUUGAAACCUAAUGUGGGCUCCUGAGAGCCCAGCUUUUCUCCUAGUUUUUUUGACCCUUGUCCUGUCAUCUUUAAAAAAAAAAAAGUUUGACCAUCCCCACUGGGGAAAGUUCUGUUGUGGAGGAAACUGUUAAAGUUGGUUUAGAGAGAAGCUUCGUUCACUCCAGACAGCUAAGUGAUGAUGGAGAGGAAUUUGCCAAAGAUCUGCCUGGUGACAUGGCCCAUCCAAGGCCUUCACCACAAGAGCAACCAAAGCUCCAAAAUGUUUUGUUUUAAUGCCACAGUUUUAAAGUGCAUUUAAGAGUUAGUGUGAUUUUAGGAUGGAAGUGUGGUCCAUGGUGGUCAUUAAGUGUAUGCGCACAAGGUUCAAUUCCUGGAGGGGCCUCUGGAAGACUUUUGGGUGCUCGUCUCUAGUUACAUUUUUGUUUCCACCGUUUCCUUUUUCAUUUAACAGAUCUGCCCCUUGUGGGAGGUGUCUCGGGAGUCGGACACCUUGAUUUAGAAAAAAUUGUUUUUGGUUAGAUUGAGCUGGGCAGCUGCAAUCAGCUUCUUUAUGCAAAACUGGGACAGCCCAUCUAGGGUCUCCUGGUUGGUGGCGAAUGAGGUGAAGGGAGGAAUUGUAGCCCCAAAUAAAAGUCCCCUCCCAUUGGCUUUGGCCAGAUGAGAUGAGACACUUCCCAUUACUUACAUGGUUCUGUGUAAUUAAGAAAUGUUUAUGUGUAUAAAGCGAAGCUGUUUCUGUGAAACUGUAUAUUUUGUAAAUAAAGAUAUUGCUACUUUGA